GGCAACGGGCCGUACACACGGGCCGGCGGCAUGAUCUGGGAGUGGGAGCUGACCGCGGGGCAGAAGCGAAACUCGUUCGGAUCAUGUCAAGCCAGGAAAAGUUUCCCCUUUCACCAUGCCCCAGACAGACUCGGGAACCAGCUGGUCCCCAUCCUUGGGGACCCCUGUCGUGGGCCCGGGAGUUACCACAAUGAAGAGAGGAGUAGCAUGAUAUAUGCCUUGACUCAUAAACCAGAGAGCAUCAAAGGUUACGUACUGGGAGCAAGAACAUCCCUGCGUUUCCCACCAGAUUGCAAGACUGUGACCCCUGGUCCUGGAACACACCAAUCAGCAUGGAUCAAAGACCAAAAGUUACAGCCUGCCUACGCCCCAUUUUCUGUCAAGUCAUCACGAUUUCCGCAGAAGGCUCUGGAUAGAGAGUUUUUCCCUGGACCUGGAACUUAUGAAGCAGACAAGCUGCCACACAAGAAAAUCAUCUGGCCAAUGAAGUUUGGGUCUCCAGAUUGGUCUUUAGUACCAAUGCCAGAGAGGAGGACUCUAAGAACAGAGCUGAUUACAGAUAAAGAAUUCAGGAAACAUCGGAAUCGAUUGGCCUACUUGAGCUUAUACUACAGCUGAAUAGUUCUACCCAUCAGAGUGUAUCUUUUCCUUUCCAAUUAAGCUUCUCAAUUCUGUUUUUAGCUGCACCAAAAAUCGGGGUGUAAAACUAGUUCUCUUAUGCUACUCGGACUCCAAAAUCAGGCUGCUUCAUAAAGAACUGACCAGUGUUUACAUUAGGGCUUAAUUGGUGUCAUUUCACUUUUAAAAA